UGAAGAACCUGUGUUUGUGCAGCAGGAAGCAGAAAGGGACGAAGAAGUCGUGGCGGCAUAUUUUGUCGACAUGGAUACUGAAGAUAUUAAUCCUGAGCUGCAAAAUGGAGGUGUUGAAGUUGAGAUAUUUCAUGAUUUUCCUGGUUCGCUGCAUCCUUCACAAAAAAAACAGGAGCUACCUGAAGAGCAUGAUCAAGAGAUGAGACACGUCAAAAUUUUGGAAACCGCUUCUACGACCUCCGGUGAACUACCAAUUGUUCAAGAACGGCAAGCUGAUCAAGAUAAACACAAAAGUUCGACGAUUGAGGGAUUGUCAACAAAAUUCGAAAAGGUUAUUCAACAGUGCUGUAAGGUUUUGGGUGACGAUCCGGAGAUGCUCGACAAGGUGGACUCGGCAAUGAACCAUAUCUUGGAGAAUACCCCGAUGUAUGUUGAGUUCGUUUUGAACAUGCUAAAUUCGGCGAAGAAUCAAAAUCAAAAUACGGGUUCCAGCUCAUCAAAUGAAGACAAUUCACAACAAGAUCGUAUUUAUAAUCCUCCUGACAUGCCAGGCAGUUUUCCGAACAAUGCGCCCUUGUUCCAAUUUAGAUCGUACCCAUCCUCGUCUCUAACGGUGAAUCAAUUAUGCAACACUCCACCAUACCAACCUCUUAAUCCACAGCGACAUGCAAGGCUUCCGCCUUUCCCUGGUAGUUUUCCAUCAACAAGUAAUGAUCUUGACUCUGAGAAUUACUCUUCUGAAUUGUCUGAGCUUCAGGAUAUGG